AUGAUUGGUGAUUCUGGUGAAUGGAACAUGGAACUGAUAGGACGCGUUCUGCCUACUACUGCUACCGAAAUUAUAAGCAUAAAACCAAGCAAGUUAGGAAAACCCGACGCACUGGUAUGGCUCCCAACAAAAGAUGGCGUCUACAGCAUGAAAACAGGUUACUACAUCGGUAUAUCAAUGAAGGAGGCAACACAACUACAACCGGCACCACAACACCCUUGCAACUGGAACACUGACAUCUGGAGAGGAGAUUUCUCACCGAAACUCAUAGUUUUCCUACGGAAAAUUGUCAAGGGAGCCUUACCGCUAGGAGAGAACCUUGAAAAGAGAAGCAUUUUGUCAAAUUCAAAAUGUAUACACUGCGGACUCCGCGAAACUGCAACUCACAUGUUCCUACAUUGCCGUUUUGCUGCAAGCAUCUGGGAAAUGGCACCUCUACUCCAUGUGGAACGCAUCACUUCUGCUACAACCUUCGCAACAGCGCUAAAAGAAUCAAAGAAGACCUUAAAUCUCCCACCAUCAGGAUUGAUAUCUGGCCCUCUGUUUCCCUGGAUUUGUUGGAUGAUAUGGACAUCUAGAAACCAACUAAUCUUCGAAAACAGAGUUUUCUCGCCACUGGAAACAUUGACUAAAGCUAUUUGCUUAUCACGAGAAUGGCAUGAGGCUCAGCUAAAGGGUAAUACGCAGGUCUUAUCUACUCAGAAGCUGAAUCAAGGUAUCAAUGCAAGGAACAACACAGGUGGAGUCUCGGUUUACACGGAUGCAUCAUGGAAAGAAGGAGUAAAUAAAGCAGGUCUUGGCUGGCUAUUCAAAGAUCACUUAGGACACACCAUCCUCACAAAAUGCAGAUCAGAGACCUUUGUGUCUUCCCCCCUCAUGGCGGAGAGUCUGGCCAUGCGUGAAGCUAUUCUCCAAGCCCGCCAGAAGGGUUUCUCCACCCUGACAGUGUAUUCAGACGCUCAGACAUUAGUCAGAGUCAUCAACGACAGGAAACCUCUUAAAGAGAUGUUUGGAAUCAUCCAUGAUAUUCUACAAUUGUCUCUAGAGUUCUCUUCAAAUGGUUGCGGUGGCUUAGGUGGAUUUAACGGAUGCUUACGUGGAAUUAUGAUAUAA